GGCGAAAGGAAGCCGAGGUGGCGCUCAGUCUGGCGUCCCUGGAGGCUGAUGUGGUUGUUUUGCUCGUCCGUGGGUGCCCUUACCGGACUCUGUAAGCCAGGCUGUCGGCGAAUGGAAUCGAGGACUCGCGCGGAGGCAGGAUGCUUCCAGCUGGCGAGAUAGGCAGGGUGUCGGCAGCCCCGUGCUGCCCCGAAAGCGGUGACGAAAUGAAGAACACAGAGGAGAAAAGUGACAUGAACAUUGCAGCUCUUGUUGGAAGUGAACAACCCAUGCAAGGUAGAGAUGACGAUGAGCUUCCCCUGAAUGUGUCUGCAUUCAUAGAAAAGGAAGUGGGAAGUGACCUGAAAUCUUUAAAGAAACUUGGCAAACUCAUAGAACAGAUGACAGAAAAUAAAAUGAAGUUACAAGAACAGGUACUUGCAAUUUCAUCAGAAAUCCCUAAAAGAAUUCAAAGUGCUUUAAAAGAUGCAGAAGUAUCCAGACAUGUUCUUAGUCAGUUUCUGGAGCAGGAAACUCCUCUCUUCAGCUCCAUCACCAGCCAUUUGCUGACUGCACAGCCCUGGAUGGACGACCUCAGUGCCAUGAUCAGCCAGAUAGAAGAGAUCGAGCAGCAUCUCACGUACCUUAAGUGGGUUUCCCAGAUCGAAGAGCUAAGUGAUAACAUUCAGCAAUACCUGAUGACCAAUAAUGUGCCAGAGGCAGCCUCUAUCCUGGUGACCAUGACAGAAGUUGACAUCAAGCUUCAGGAGUCAUCUUGUACUCAUCUCCUUAGUUUCAUGAGAGCGACAGUUAAAUUCUGGCAUAAAAUUCUCAAGGACAAGCUUACCAGUGAUUUUGAGGAGAUUUUAGCACAGCUUCAUUGGCCGUUCAUCACACACACCCAGUCUCAGACUGUUGGCAUAAGCCGGCCUGCUGGUGCGCCUGAGGUGUAUGGUACCCUGGAGACCCUGUUUUGUCAACUGUUGAAACUUCAAGCCUCAGAUGAAUUAUUAACUGAGCCAAAACAACUCCCAGAAAAAUAUUCUCUUCCUGCAUGCCCUUCUGUGAUCCUGCCCAUCCAGAUCAUGCUGACUCCCCUUCAGAAGAGAUUCAGGUACCACUUCAGAGGAAGCCGGCAGACGAACGUCAUCAGCAAGCCUGAAUGGUACUUGACUCAGGUACUCAUAUGGAUUGGAAACCAUGCUCACUUUCUGGAUGAGAAGAUUCAGCCAAUAUUGGAUAAAGCAGGCUCUGUAGUAAAUGCCAGGCUCGAGUUUUCCCGGGGCCUUGUGAUGCUCGUUCUUGAGAAGCUGGCUUCCGAUAUACCUUGCCUGCUCUAUGAUGACAAUCUCUUCUGCCAUUUGGUGGAUGAGGUGUUGUUGUUUGAGAGGGAGCUGCACAGUGUUCAUGGCUAUCCUAGCACUUUUGCCAGUUGUAUGCAUAUUCUGUCAGAGGAAACCUGUUUUCAGAGAUGGUUGACUGUGGAGAGAAAAUUUUUAGGGAAAACUGUCAUGACAGUGCCAAACCCAUCAUGUGUUUUGUUAAUUUUCUCCACAGACAGGUAUAAAAAUCUUCCCACAGCUUCCCGAAAGCUACAGUUCCUGGAAUUACAGAAAGAUCUAGUCGAUGAUUUUAGGAUACGAUUAACUCAGGUCAUGAAAGAAGAGACCAGAGCUUCACUUGACUUCCGGUACUGUGCAAUUCUUAAUGCUGUGAACUACAUCUCAACAGUGCUGGCAGAUUGGGCUGACAAUGUUUUCUUCCUGCAGCUUCAGCAGGCAGCGCUGGAGGUCUUUGCAGAGAAUAACGCCCUCAGUAAGCUGCAGCUGGGACAGCUGGCCUCCAUGGAAAGCUCUGUUUUCGAUGACAUGAUUAAUCUCUUGGAGCAUUUAAAGCUUGAUAUGUUGACUCGCCAAGUGGACCACGUUUUUAGAGAAGUGAAAGAUGCCGCCCAGAUUUUCUGGAUACAGAGUGAUAAGCAUCCUUCUGGUGAAGGUUAUUUGUUUUUUAGAUGGUUGUCCCUGCCAUCACAGUCUGAACAGGCAGUGAUGUCCCUGUCCAGCUCAGCCUGCCCACUCUUGCUGACCUUGCGGGAUCAUCUGCUUCAACUGGAGCAGCAGCUUUGUUUCUCCUUAUUCCGGAUUUUCUGGCAGAUACUUGUAGAGAAGCUGGAUACAUACAUCUAUCAGGAGAUAAUCCUUGCUAAUCAUUUCAACGAAGGAGGAGCAGCCCAGUUGCAGUUCGAUAUGACACGGAAUCUUUUCCCUUUGUUUUCUCACUAUUGCAAGAGACCAGAAAACUACUUUAAACAUGUAAAAGAAGCCUGCAUUGUUCUGAAUUUGAACAUUGGUUCUGCAUUACUCCUAAAAGAUGUCCUGCAGUCAGCUUCUGAGCAUGUUCCUGCCACAGCAGCCUUAAAUGAAGUUGGAAUUUACAAACUGGCUCAGCAAGAUGUUGAGAUUUUGCUCAAUUUGAGGACAAACUGGCCUAACACUGGAAAAUAAUGUAUCUUUAAGAAAAGGGCUAUUUAACAAAGAAGACAGUUGGAUUGAGUUGUCUGCUAAAAGUUCUGAAUUAAUGAAACUGGACAAAUGAAAACUUGGUAGAAUCAUUUAUUAUCUUGAGUUAUGUCACCAAAGCAAUGAACAUGCUUCCUCUGUCCUCCUGCUCCUAAGAAAACAAAGAACAGAAAACUCAGCUAUGAGAAGCAGAGUAAUUACAAAUUAGAAUUACAGAUAGGCAUGCAGACAUCUGAAGACAGCGUGAGAGCAAAGGCCAGCCAUAACUGACCUCCACUUUGCUAAAGCCGAACACACCCAGUACAUUGUAGAAAUACUAAAGAUACGAAUGUAUGUUGAGAAUUGAGGUUCCUGUAUCCAGUUUGGGAUUUUACUAUGUUUAUAUGAGAAAUGCACAGUGAGUUGGGAGUGGUAGAAGACACCUAUACUCUCAGGAGGAUCACUGUGUGUUUAAGACUCGCCUGGGCAACAUAGAUUCUGUCUCACCAGAGAAAAACAAAACAAAGCAAACCACACCACCCCCAAACCAACAACACAACAGUUUUAUGAGAUGGUGGUUAAGCUAUAGUUGUUCCUAAUUUUCAAUUCUCAUGUCCUUUCAAUUAAAGUAUUUGUUGUA